CAUUUCAGUUUCUUUCCUCGGCCAAAAUUACAACUUGAAAUUUUUAGUUACAAAAUUUAGAUUUUAUUCUCCAUUCAUUCACAUCGCACCCGAAAAGUCGUUCGCCAAAAACAAUUCAGUCGCCAUGGACCGAGGCUUGAUCUUCAUGUUGGAUUUCGUGAUCGAUGAUCUGCUGAUCACGCGACAGAAUCUAUGCGCCCCCGAGGAGUAUCCCACCUGUGUGGAGUUCACCUUCCGCUCCAGCGUUUUCGUCAGCAUCUGUGAUCGCGAAUACGGCAGCUGUGUGAAUCCCAAGCAACCGAAGUGCUGCAAGUGCUGCAUCUUUGCGCUGGAUUCACCGGUCACCGACAAGGAUCGCCUGCUGAUCCAUGUCUACAAGAAGCGCACGAUGCGCUGCAAGUUCCUGAUUGGCUUAACCGAGUUGCCGAUGAAGCCGAUCUUUGAUCGUGUCAGGGAAUCGUUUGACAUCGAGAAUCCCAAUUGGGAGAAAAUCUGGCAGGAUCAGCUCGAUAAGCUGCCCAAAAUGAAGGGCCAAAACAAGGUCUCGUUGGACAAUUGUGCCUGCUAUGAUCCCGGCUUCGAGCGACGCGAGCAACUUUGUCCCACCGCCGAGACAACGAAGCGUCUGUUGCCACUCUUCAAUCUCUGCAAGCAACAGACUGGCAACAUGGUCCUGGUCAUGCGUCUGCUCUGCAAUGGCCCAGCAAUUGUCUCGACAUUUGCGCUCGGUCAGUCGGUUUGCUCUCGCAAUCCCAAGUGCCCGGAUCCAUGCUGUCCGCCCCCAUCAUGUCCACCACAGCCUUGUCCGUCGUGUGGCAAGAUGAAGCCACCUUGUCCCGAAGAUCCGUGCUGUGCCAGCGCCACAGGCGGUCCCAUGGACACGGGCAAGAAGUGUGGUAGCAAGUGUCCGCCGUGUCCGCCGCCGGUGUGUACAAUGCCCGAUCCUUGUGCCAAGGAGGAUGAGAGCCCCAAGAAGUGUUUGCGCUACUUUGCCUGCAAUCUGGACAAAUUGUGUCCCUGCGACUAUUGCGAGGAUGAAUUCGAUCGAGAGUGCCCCACGGUGCCCACGAAGCGCUGCAAAUCGGUCAUCGAGCAGCGUCUGCAGCCCUGCGGUCCUUGUGGCGGCGUUCCUGCCCAUCCACGCUGGGUGCAAGUCCAGAAGGCCAAGGAGGCGGAGGAAGCGCGCGUCGAGAAGAAGCAGCAGGAGAAGGAGAAGAAGAAGAAAGAGAAGGCUGGCAAGGAUAAACGUCAGGCUGGCGGCGGCGGCGUCUUCUGCGAAUCAACUGAUCUAAGCCCAGGCAAUGCGUGCGGUUGCGCUCCGGCAGAUCCCUGUGCCCAUUGUUGUCCCGAAUACGCCAGCUGUUGUGAUCUAGCACGCAAUCGAGCAAUGCGAAAACUGAGACAUUUGCUGGUCAAAUACAACAUUCAAGUGGAUUAGUAUGAGAAGCCAUCAACACGAACUGAUAACGCAUAUCCGAGUGUCCUAAAGGGAAAGAAUCACAUCCAUAUAAACUAUGCUCAAAAUCGGCCAAUCUUUAUUGAAGUGAUUAAAAGUGAUCGACGAUUGUGUGACGAGUGUGAAGAGUGUUGUCGUUGGCUAAAUAAAAACUCCGAAAAAAGGAAAAGAAAGCCAAUGCUUAAACGUCUGCAGUCUGUGUUUUGAUUGAGCAACAUGUUCAGAUUCCGCCACGAUUGAAGAGGAUCAAAAUAAUUGGGCAAGGGAACCAUACUUUGUAGAGGGGAGGAAUCCGAUCGAAGUUGUGAAUAUUGUCCUUCAGGAGGAUUGCGAUUUCAAUAAAAAAACUAACUCCACAAAUUGGCCAACUAAA